GUAACUCUGAAGGAAAAAGAAGGGGAAUUUUUUUUUCUGUUGCAGACAGCUGAUAAGCAGUACACACAGACAAGACAAAGAACAUUCAAGCAAAAAAAUAGCACUGAACUGCACAUACAUAGACACAAUGAAGAUGUGAGAGAGUCUAUUUCUAGUGAUAUGUACAAAGAAAGAUCUUGUGUAUGACAAGAUGGAGAUGAACAGUCGGGACAAUUCUGAUACAGGUCAAAGUUCAACCAAUUCUAAGUUUCCUGACUCUAGUAAAUUGAUAAAUGUUAACAAAACUCUGAGGGUUUCUCUGGUUAAACUGAAACUUGACAACCUUCCUGUCAGAGUAAAAUCAUCCACCAUUGUCCCAGAAAGAAAACAAAAUGAUUCAAGCACAACUGUUAGCCAAGAGUCUAAAGAUACUUGUUCAAAGAUCCGAAGAAAGGCUUAUUCGUGUAACAGAACAUUUAAAUAUAGGGCAGCAAAAAAGCAGAGCAUAGCAAAAGCUGAUAAGAAAACAGAAAAUUGUCAGGAUGCCAACUUGGAAGUCAAUGAAGAAAGAAAGUUAGAUGUUGAGCACACAGUAUGUCAAACUGAUCAUCCGUGUAAUGACACAGAAAACUCCGUAGCCAUAGAAAACACUUCACAUGAGGUUGUUGCCAAAGAUAGACCUGUAGAUGAAACUGCAGCUGACAGUAAGGAAGAAAACACUUUAAAUGUCACUAAUAAAGCUUACAUUGAAAUAGAAAACACUACAAAUAAAAUUUAUAAUGCAGACAUUGCCAAAGAAAAAAUCAUACCUGAAACUUAUUCAACUGAUAUUGCAAAAGAAAACACUACACACAAAACCAAUAUAACUGACACUGCCAUAGAAAACACAACACAUGAAACUAAUACAACUGACAUUGCCAAAGAAAACACUACACAUGAAACUGAACCAGCUGAUAGUGCAAAAGAAAACACUACACACGAAACUAAUACAACUGACAUUGCCAUAGAAAACACUACACAUGAAAAUAAUAAAGCUGACAUUGCCAAAGAAAACACUGCACAUGAAACUGAACCAGCUGAUAGUGCAAAAGAAAACACUACACACAAAACUAAUACAACUGACAUUGCCAUAGAAAACAUUACACAUGAAAAUAAUAAAGCUGACAUUGCCAAAGAAAACACUACACAUGAAACUGAACCAGCUGAUAGUGCAAAAGAAAACACUACACACGAAACUAAUACAACUGACAUUGCCAUAGAAAACACUACACAUGAAAAUAAUACAACUGACAUUGCCAAGGAAAACACUACACAUGAAACUGAACCAGCUGAUAGUGCAAAAGAAAACACUACACACGAAACUAAUACAACUGACAUUGCCAUAGAAAACACUACACAUGAAAAUAAUACAACUGACAUUGCCAAGGAAAACACUACACAUGAAACUGAACCAGCUGAUAGUGCAAAAGAAAACACUACACACGAAACUAAUACAACUGACAUUGCCAAAGAAAACACUACACAUGAAAAUAAUAAAGCUGACAUUGCCAAAGAAAACACUACACAUGAAACUGAACCAGCUGAUAGUGCAAAAGAAAACACUACACACGAAACUAAUACAACUGACAUUGCCAUAGAAAACACUACACAUGAAACUAAUACAACUGACAUUGCCAAAGAAAACACUACACAUGAAACUAAUACAGCUGACAUUGCCAAAGAAAAAACUACACAUGAAACUAAUAGAGCAGAAAUUGCAGAAGAAGACACUACACAUAAAAUUUAUACAGCUGAAAUUACCAAAGAAUACACUACACAUGAAACUAUUAAAGCUUACAUGGCAAUAGAAAACACUAAAUAUGAUAUUUAUUCAAAAGAAAGUGCCAAAGAAAACACUACACACAAAAUGUGUGCUGAUGACAUUGCAAAUGAAAACACUACACAUGAAACUAAACCAGCCUUCAGUGUUGGAGAAAACAUUAUACUUGAAAUUAAUAAAGCUGACUGUGCCAUGGAAAACACUACAGAAGAAACUAAUAAAGUAAACAAUGCCCAAGAAAAGGUUUCACAUAACACUUAUGUAACUGACAAUGCCAAAGAAAGCACUUUUCAUGAAACUAAUUCAGCUAAAAGUAUCACAGGAAACACUUCAAGUGAAACUUAUACAGCAGACAACAUCAAUAAAAACACUACACAUGAAAUUAACGAAGCUGACUGUGCCAAUGAAAAUACUACAAAUGAAACUAAAUUAGCUAAUAUUGGAAUAGAAAACACUACACAUGAAACUAAUACAACUGCCACCACCAUAGAGAAUAACGAUCUGAAAUUAGGCAUUGAUAUAAAUGGGUUAAAAAAAAGAAAGAUGAGAAAAUCUAGAUGGGAUAUGGUUAUGCCUCUGUUUAAUGCAGAGAAUAUAAACAAAGAAGGAAAUGAAGACAACAGUGAUAUUGCAACCAGUGGAAACCCAGAUAAUAAUAUACUUAAGUAUACUGCAAAAAGUGACUUACAAAUACAGGAUAACUCCACUGACAAUAUCCAUGAGCCAAAGAAAAUGAGGAUAUCAAGAUGGGAUACAGUAGUGCCUCUUGAGCCUCAAAAGAAUUGCAUUGAACUAAAUGUAGCACUAAGCUCAAGCAAAUUUUCAACCCAAUCAUUUAAAAAUGGCAAAAUCAGGAAGUCAAGAUGGGACACAGUUGAAACAGCAUCUUGUCUGAAUAUUAACAACAAUAAGGAUAGAACAGCAAGCUUUUACCUAUCUGACAUAAACAUGGACAGCAAUAAUGACACACAGCAACAGCUAAACACAUCUGACAGACAAUCAAACACUAAAACCAGCUCACUUGAUUCUAAAACAACUAGCCAUGAUGGAAACCAGCAAAAAUCAAGUUCAGAGAACGUUGCUUUAUCUGAUUUUUACAGAAGCCUAUUUGAUAGAGAUGGAAAAAUUAGAAAUGAUAAAACAUUACACGAAGUUGAAAAGAAAAGAAAGCAGCAUUCCUUUGAAGGUUCACAUGUACCUGACAAGAUUUCUAAUCACAAAGAAAGAAAGUUGGACACUCAUGACAAGAAAAGUAAAUUGAACACUCAAAAUAGCUCACGUCAUACUGGUAAAAGUAAAAACCAUUACCACAAAAAGGAUACUACUCGUCAGAAUAUUAAUGAUGUAAAAGUCAUGAACAUCAAAAAAGAAAAAAGAUUUUCAACAAACCAGGACAAGAUUAAUGGCACACACAGAGAUAAAUCUAACGUUAAAGUUAGUCACAGAAUGAGCGGUACUAUUAUCCCAAUGAAGUGCAACGUCUGUUCCAAAAUAAUUAAAAAUAUUGACAAGUUAAAAAUGCAUAUAGCUGAACAUAUUGGACAGAACCUGAAAACAUGUGAAUCUGCUAAGAAAUCAGUGUCACCUGAAAAAACAAAGGAACCAACCAAGGCAAAGGUCAUAUUUAAAUGUGAGAUUUGUGAGAAACAGUUUAAAAAACGUGGAAAUGUGAUGAUGACAUCCAAAAAGACAUCGAAAAGUGGUCUAAAAUAUAAAUGUUUGUCCUGUCACAAUUCUGGGAAAAAACGUAAUGAUGGUUCAACAGUGCUAUCUGUAAACGCCAAGAGAAAAUCAUUAAUACCAGUUGAUAAAGAAAAAACUGUAGUAAACAAAAAUGUACCAAAAGUAUCAAUUGAUGCAAGUAAAGAAAAUUCAACCAUAAUAGGAUGUCAGGCGGAAGAUCAAAUAUCUAGCCAUUCAGAUAAAAUCGCCAGUUUUAAAAAUUCAAUAAAACCUGUCAAAGACAAUGACCAUGAUCUUCCCUUCCAAACAACAACUGUUAUUAAAGUUAAUGGACCAAAUUUUCCCAGUGAAACUAUACCUGCCUACAAUAAUGGAUUAGAACUUCCCUGUGAAAUAACACUUGUCCCAGAUAAAAAAGAACAAGUCUUACACACUUGCGAACUAUGUGGGAAAACCUUUAAAAUGAAAUCAAAACUAAAUUUGCAUGAAAAAGUUCACACUGGAGAAUUAGAAUAUUUUUGUAAGAUUUGUGGAAAAUAUUUUCCUUUUUAUGAUGAAUUAGUAGUUCAUGAAGUAGUUCAUACUAACAUAUAUCCUUUUGAAUGUGGAAUAUGUGGUAAAAAGUUUAAAACUCCAGAAAGUGUUUCUCGCCAUGUAUGGACACACACUGCACGUAGGCCUUUUAAAUGCUCAUAUUGUGAUAAAUCUUUUGCUACAUUUACUAAUAGGAAAAACCAUGAGAUGAUCCACACAGGAGAUCAACCUCACAAAUGUCAUAUAUGUGACAAGUCAUUCAGACAAAGGUCUGCAUUAGUUCGUCAUACUAGGUGGCAUAAAAAUGAAUUUCAAUACAAAUGUGAUCUAUGUCAACGCGGGUUCUUUUCCACGAGUGAACUUGAAGUUCACAUGAUAAGAACUCAUCAUCCUGAGAGAAAAAAAUUCACAUGUGAAACUUGUGGAAAAAAAUUCACCCAUAAUAAAGAAUUAGAGAUUCAUUCAGUAACACAUACUAAAAUAAAAGCAUUCAAAUGUCUGUUGUGUGAUAAGAAGUAUGCUUGUGCUUAUAAAUUAAAACUUCAUAUGGAGGUUAUUCAUAGAGGAAUAAAAAAAUUCACUUGUGAUGUCUGUGGAAAAAAGUUUGGUAGAAAAUGGGAAAUGGACGAACAUUAUAAAUCUCAUACGAAAGAAAAACCGUAUACAUGUAGCCUUUGUGGACAGGUCUUCUCUAGAAAAUACACUUGGAAAUUCCAUAUGGAAAUUCAUGAUGACAAAGUGCACACAUGCGAUUUAUGUGGUAAAGAGUUUCAGACAAGUAGGAAUCUGUAUCACCAUAAAAGAAUGCAUAAGAAACGAAACUUACCAAAAGAAUAUAAGUAUUCUUGUUCAAUUUGCAACAAAAGAUUUAUAAGUUUACAAGGUAAAAAGUCACAUAUUAUGAUUCACACGGGAGUUAAGCCGUAUGCUUGUAACCUUUGUGAUAAUCGUUAUACAAACAGCAAAAGUUUAAAGGAUCACAAAAUCUCCGCACAUACUAAUCUACGACCAAAUAAAUGUGAUAUAUGUGGGAAAACUUUCGUGAGGAGACAAACAUUAAAAACGCAUAAGAAGACACAUAUAGGAGCAAAGCCAUUUGAAUGUAAACAGUGUGGCAUAAGAUAUACCGAAAGAGGUAGUUUAAGGCGGCAUAAUAAAAAACCAUGUAAAAAAAUAAAACAAAAAGGAUCAAAUGAGACCAAAAAUUCUGAGGCCGAUAAAGGAAAUAUAUCUACCAAUAAAGGACAAAUUUCUGCAAAUAUCAGAGAAACACCAAUAGUUCUAACAGAGACAUCAAAUAAUUUGAGUGAGACACAAAAAGAAGUUGCUGAGAUACCAGAAAAUAUCACUGAGACUCAAAAAGAUAGUAAUGCCAACGAGACACAAAAAGAUAUAAGUGAGACAACAGGAAAUAUCAGCGAGAAACUAAAUGAUAUGAGUGAGACACAAAUAGAUACAUGCGAGACUUAAAACGGAUGUAUGUGAGACUGAUCUUGACAGUAUUUCUGAGACAUGACUAAGUAAAACAACAAUAAAAUGUGUUUGACACUAAUUGAUAUAUAAGUCUGAUUCCUCUUACCCCGAUGGGGGUUUGUGUUGCUCUUCCACUUACCGUGAUUGGCUGUGUGUUGCUCUAUCAUUAUUUUUUAUGUGAUUUUUGUGAACUUUAUUGUCUUUUCACUCCUCGUUGGCAUUUGUCAGGUUUUUUAACUGAAGUAAAUGAUUAAUUAGCUAUGACAAUGUAUGAAGGGAGAUUAUGUUUUUUUUUACAAAAUUAGGAAACAACCAUUUAACUUUAAAGGGGGGAAAGGGGGUUAUUUUUUUUUCCACAAAAAAAAUUCUGAUCCCCACUUUAAUAAAAAAAAAAUAUUGUGGUCAAGCAGAUUUUUUCUUAGAAGUUAUGCCCCUUUGAACUUUAGAUUUGAAAUAAACUGCUGCAACAGUUGUCAUUGCAACUUCUCUUAUUAAAACCACACUUAUAACAGAAUUUUAUGAAACUUUGUAGAUUAUAAGGACAUACUAAGUUGAUGCGCAUAUGGAAAUUAUGAUUCUUUAUUUUUUCUAGAUUUAUGCCCCUAUGAAGUUUCAAACUAAUUAAUCAACAGUUUGUCAUGGCAACUCCUCUAAACACAACAGAAUUUCAUUAAUUUUAAUGCUUAUUGACAGAAAAUUUAUUGUUUAUUUAAGAGUUGUGCCUCUUUGGACUUAUAUUUAAAUAUACUACUGCAACAGUUUGUCAUUGUAAAAUCUCUGAAACCAAACUAUAGUAUCUCAUGAAACUUCGUGGUUAAUGAGGACAUAAUGUGAAGAUGUGCAGAAUCACAAGAUUUGUUUUUAAUUGACUUGUGUAGGAGUUAUGAGUCUUUAAACUUAGGUAUCUGGUGAGAUUUUGUAUGUCCAGUGACAAUAUGGGGGUAUGCCAGUCUGCUCAUUAAAGGAACUUUAAAAUUCAUAUGUAUAAUGAACAGGACAAGAAAUUGAGAAAUUUUAACAUUACCUUUGGUAUCUUCCAGUAAAGUGAUGAUGUAAUUUUUGGUUUCAAAAUAUUUAUUAGGUACAAGAGUUAAUAGGAUAU